AAUAAAUUUAUUCUUUUUUAGAUUCAAUUCAUAUGGCCAUACACUAUGAACAUAGACUCCGAACACUCUCUCACACACAGUCGCAUUUGCCACUAACGUUUUUUUGUAUUAUAAAUAUAGUUAAGCUGAGCUCGAGAUUUUGAAGAAUUGAAUUCGCAGUUUAUGCAUGAAAUGCAGAUCGACGGCGACAUGAUAGCACCGUUUGUGAUCAAAACCUACCAAAUCCUGAGCGAUCCGACCGCGAAUCGGAUCAUCGCAUGGGGCGGGGCUAACAACAGUUUCAUCGUGCUGGAGCCUUUGGAUUUUUCGCAGAGGAUUUUGCCGCUUUAUUUCAAGCACAACAACUUCUCCAGCUUCGUGCGCCAGCUCAAUACCUAUGGCUUCAGAAAGGUCGAUCCGGACAGAUGGGAGUUUGCAAACGAGUGGUUCUUGCGUGGACAGACGCAGCUAUUGAGCAAGAUUGUGAGGAAGAAGCACGUGAACAGAGGCCACACUCCAUUCGUGAUCAAACACGAAGAAGAGGAAGAAUGUGAUGGUGAUGAUGAUGAUGAUAAUGGUGGUGGUGGACCUGGUGGUGAUGAAUUGGUAAUGGAGAUUGGGAAGCUAAGGCGCGAGCAAGAGAGUCUAGAUGAAGAGCUCGCGAGCAUGAGCCGGAGGCUGCAGGCAACGGAGAGGAGGCCCAAGCAGAUGAUGACUUUCUUGAGCAAAGUUGUUGAAGAUCCUCAAAUUCUGCCUGAAAUGAUGCUCAAUAGAGGAAAUGUGAGGAACUUAACACAUGAUAGCAGCAGCAAGAAGGGUAGGAUUAUGGAGUGUUCAUCGAGCUCUUGUUCUUCGGGAGUGGCGUUGCCUAGUUCAUCGGCCAAGAGUGAAGAGGAUCUUGAGGGAAAAUCAGAGGAUGAUAGGUUUGGUGUGUCUGUGAUCAGGCAGGAAUAUCGCGGUUAUGGAAAUCUUUCUAGUUCAUCAACUGAUGGCUCUUCCGGUGGCGUUGGUGGGCGUGGAGGUGGGGGUGGGGGUGGGGGUGGGGGUGGGGUGCCUGCUCCGCCGAGGAAUGGUGGUGGAGGGUGUGAUGGUGGUGAUGGAGUUAGUUGGAGUUAUUUUGAUGAUCUUGAGAUGGAUAGACAGAAACCAGCACCAUAUCCUUUCUCACUUCUUGAUGGAAGAUUUUAG